GGCGGGAGGGGAGGGUCCAGCGCUUUGUUUGUAGGAAUCUGUGUUUACAGAGCGUACACUUUAAUCUCAACUUGCUUCCUCCUCGUGUGACUUUGGGUGAUCACUUGCAGCGACACUUCUUCCGCACACUAAGAAACUCAUGGCUCGGCGGCCACGGAAUAGUUUAUACAGUAGUGAUGAGGAGGAAGAAGAGAUUGAAAUGUUUGAUCAUGAUUACGAUGGUCCACAACCAAAGUCUUGUAAACGGCAGUUAAGUAAAACUCGAUGGACACGUGAAGAGGAUGAAAAGUUGAAGAAACUUGUUGAACAACAUGGAACAGAAGACUGGAAAAUUAUUGCUAAUUUCCUCCCUAACCGGACUGACGUGCAGUGCCAACACCGAUGGCAAAAAGUUCUAAAUCCUGAACUCAUUAAAGGUCCUUGGACAAAAGAAGAAGAUCAAAGGGUAAUAGAACUUGUGCAGAAAUAUGGCCCAAAGCGCUGGUCUGUUAUUGCAAAGCACCUAAAAGGGAGAAUAGGAAAACAGUGUCGAGAGCGGUGGCACAAUCAUCUGAAUCCUGAAGUGAAGAAAACAUCCUGGACAGAGGAAGAAGACCGAGUUAUAUAUCAAGCACAUAAAAGACUCGGAAAUAGAUGGGCAGAAAUAGCAAAGCUACUUCCUGGAAGGACUGAUAAUGCUAUCAAGAACCACUGGAAUUCUACAAUGCGUCGUAAGGUAGAGCAAGAGGGGUAUCUGCAAGAGUCCUUAAAAACAAACCACCAGCCAGUUGCAACAAAUUUUCCAAAAAAUAACCUCCUUUUGGGUUUUCCUCAUACUCCUCCUUCUACCCAGUUAUCCACUACCCGACCCCAAGUUAAUGGUGACUAUGCAUACUUUCAUCUGCCUGACCCACAAGAGAUUUCUAAUCAAAUGCCUUACCCGGUUUCUCUGCAUGUGAAUAUGGCCAAUGUUCCCCAACCAGCCACAGCAGCUAUUCAAAGACACUAUAAUGAUGAAGAUCCUGAAAAAGAGAAAAGAAUAAAGGAAUUAGAGUUGCUACUAAUGUCGACUGAAAAUGAACUGAGAGGGCAGCAGGCAUUACCAACUCAAGCUGCUAAUUACUCUAGCUGGAAUGGUACUGUAGUCAUUGAUAAUGCAGGAGUUCACAACAGGACUCUAGCCAUUACUUGCCUGGGGGAACAUCGACAACCUGGACAUCCACCUCACAUGGAUCUUGGUUCCAUGCCAGAAGAAAGUGCAUCACCAGCAAGGUGCAUGAUUCAUCCUAAUGGAAUACUCUCACCCUUGAGAAAUGUUCCACAUUCUGAUUAUACAGAGGCACUUCAACUCCUAGACUCAUUUUUAAAUACAUCUUCAAAUGAUCACCUAGAAGUUGAAUCUCCUGCAUUAACUUCAACACCAGUGGGCAAUCAAAAGAUUAUUUUAACUCCUCUGCAUCGUGGCCAAACACCCAAGACUCAAAAAGAAAAUGAUGCCUUUAGGACUCCAAAUAUCAGAAGGUCAAUAUUAGAAGGCUCACCUAGAACACCCACACCCUUUAAAAAUGCACUUGCCGCCCAGGAAAUCAAAUAUGGAUCCUUGAAAGUGCUGACACCAUCUCACCUUGCUGAAGAUAUACAAGAUGUAAUUAAACAAGAGACUGAUGAAACUGAUAUAACUUUUCAUGAAAAUGGCCAACCACUUUUAAAGAAAAUUAAGCAAGAAGUGGAAUCUCCCGAUAAGAAGAUGAGGAAAUUUUUCACAUUGGCACCAUGGGAAAGAGAACACUUGAAUACUCAGCUUUUUUCCCAAAGUCCUUUAGAAGAAGUACCUAUGCAAAAUCUCCUGACCAGUUCUGUAUUAAUGAUGCCUGUAUCAGAGAAGACAGAUGAUAUCCUUAACAAAGCAUUUACUGUACAAAUGACCAGGCAAAUGAGCAGUCCUUUACAGGUAUCCCAGCUGGAUUUGAGAAGUCCAUGGACCUGGAACCCUGGUUAGCUGAAACUCUGUUCCAGCACUCCAUAGAGCCAUUUGUUAAUACCUGGGAGGCUGUGGCAUGUGGGAAAACUGAAGAUCAACUUAUUGUAACUGAGCAAGCACGGAAAUAUAUGAACACCUUCUCUGCUAGAACAUUAGUUAUGUAAUCAUUUCCAACUAAGCAUUAAGAAGUUUUGAAACACUUGUUGUUGAGUCACGAUCAACAUUUCUUCUCAUUAAAUUUCCAUUGAUGUACAUCUAUCUUACAAAAAUGUUGUCUUAAAAAUUUCAGAAUGUCACAAAAUGCAUUCUUCACUAAGUUUUGGUUACGUUUGUCAGAUAUUCCACCAUCAAAAAGACAAAUAUCAGAUUUACUUAUAAGAUGCUUGAAGUUACAAAAACUAUUUAACAAAAAAAUGUUGACUUACAAUUUACAAAUAUGGAGAGCAAAUUGGAACAUAUCAGUAUUUCUUUUGUAUUAUUGGCAGAUAAAGCAAUUAGUCUUUGCAAGUACUUGAUUGAUUGCUAUAAUUUAAACCUGUAAGUUAAUAAAUUAAAUUAAAUGCACUGAUGACAAAAUAGAGAUAUAGCAAUACUACAAACCAAAUUUGAUGAAAAAAAAUCAAGCUUUCUACGAUAUAAAAUUGGGUUUGAAGUAUUGUUUUUGUUUGCUCUUUUUUGGUCUAAAUUCGAGCCAUAUAUUAUAUAUAUAUACAUACACACACACAUAAAUAUAUAUAUUAUAUAUGGGCACGUGUGUGUGUAUUUGUGUGUAGCUUGCAUAAUACUGAUACUGUAUGUAAAAAAAGUUUUAUGUAUGAAAAAUGUAUAUUUUAUUCAAUAAGUUAAUUUUGUAAAUGCCAAAUGGAUAAUGUUGUGCUGCUAAAGACUAGCAUGUAGACGUGCUGCAUGAAAUGGGCAGUGGAGUUAUCAGAGAAAAUGGUGUUAACUGAUCAAAAAUGCACUGGUAGCUAGUAUUUUUUUAAAAACCUAGCAUUUUCAAAUACAAACAUUUUGGAAAGUGGAAUAUUUUGUCUUAUAAUGACAAAAUGCAUAUGAUGCACCUUUUGUAUUGUGGGAGAACACUGAUAUAUUCACUAAUUUUUUUUACUUUUGUCCCAUUCAUUUCAUAUUUAAGGCACUAGCCCAGAUGUACUUUCAAUUCAAUUAACAACUCAUGCAAGAAGUCUUGGCUAUAUUAUACUGCCAUAUCAAGUGCCUCUGGCAUACAUGUACUAAACACUUUGUUUUAAAACACCAUAGGUGAUUGUUAAAAUCUGCUGCCUUGCCAUCAGCUAGGUGCAAAUUAACUGCACUUACUUCUUGACUAAGGUUGUAUAUCAACUGCCAUGUACAUAAAAUAAACUGUUUUUCUACUGAAAA